AUGGUACAAUCCUCCUUAUUCAAUCACGACACACUCGGGAUGGUCGUGCUGGACUCUGAUGGAAAUUUGGCUGCUGGAACUUCCACAAACGGAGCUACCUUCAAAGUAAGUAGGAAGCUUUGUUUAUAUCUGAUACUUGGUUCCCAGAUUCCUGGAAGAGUUGGCGACUCGCCUAUUCCUGGAUCUGGUGCUUAUGCCGUUGAGGGUAUCGGAGGCGCUGCUGCAACUGGGGAUGGCGAUGUCAUGAUGAGAUUUUUGCCAAGUUUCUAUGCUGUUGAGCAGAUGCGGUUGGGUACAAAACCAUUUCGAGCAGCGCACAAGGCGAUGAGGCAUAUUCUACAAUAUUACCCUAAUUUUAAAGGCGCCAUCGUCGCUGUCAAUGUUCGUGGAGUCCAUGGAGCUGCAUGUGCAAACCUGCGUAAAUUUCAAUUCUCCGUCGGAGUAGGAAGCAGUACAAGAGUUGAAACUGUAGCUUGUGUUGAGUUACAAACCAAGCCAAGGAGGAAGGAGAAGCCAUAA